AUGCCUCGAAAUUACGAGUUUUCUGAUUGUCUAUACAAUCCUACUUUACCUUGCAUCUAUUACCCAACAUUCUUUAAGUUAUCUAAGUGCAAUUCAACUCUGACUAAUGCUUUAAGAGCAGCAUUUGUACAGGUGGAGAAUCAAUAUCCAGGGUUUAGCGAACAGUUUAUCAUUCGCUUGUUACAGCGUCUUGGAGUUAAUGAUGAUAUAAAUCUGCCAGAGACAUACUCGGGAAUCGCUGGUGUAUACACCCAACUAUGUGGGGGCAUGGAGAAUCAAAUGAUUAAUCGGAUCAAGAUUUCUGCUAACAAUUUGAAGUUGUGUUUAAGUAAAAUACCUGACGAGAUAUCUAGUAGUAAUGGCUUUACCAACCUUAUAAGAGAGAUUACAGAGAUAACAGAUAAAUUUUUGGAAUCGUUGUACAGUCACAAUAAACAGAUUUUGCAACAAAGAGCGCUGUACAACCUUAGGAUUGAGUUUAUUCAAUCAUGCAAACAAUUCAGCGAAACCUUGAAAACAUAUAACCGUGAUAAAAACCAAACCUCAGUUAUCUCUCGAGCAAAUCAACUAGUUCUGUGCACAAACACCAUUCUUGAUGCUCUUCGUUGUGAUAAAUGA